AUGAUACCACGACAGCCAUACGCGCCGACGCCGCACAGCUAUGUCCCUGACUCGACACUAUCCGCAACCAUAAACCUCGACGAGGAAGUCAAGCUCGCCGAAACGCGCGCUGAGCGCGAUCUGCAAGAUUCACUAGCCGAGAUCUUCAGCAUAAUUGUCACCAUCGACGAGCUCGAGAAGGCAUUUCUCAAAGACGCUAUCCCCGAGGCCGAUUACACCGAGAUAUGCGAACGUUCGCUGAAGCAGUACAAGUCGCUGACCGCCGAUGAGACAGUAGCGAAGGCGUUCGUGGGACUGGAGCACUUCAAGGCCGAGUGGGAUCUCGAAGUGCCCCGCGCGACAGAGCGAAUUCGAGUUGGGAUGCCGUCCACUGCCGUGACAGCAAGCUCCAGCGCUCUUCAUGCACAACCUGCGGUGGGUAACACCAGCGGGGCGCUGAUUCUGGAGGCGACCCAAGAUUUCAUCACGUUUCUGGAUGCGCUGCGAUUGGGCCUGCUGGCCAAAGACCAACUACACCCGCUCCUGACCGACGUGAUCCAGUCAGUGAACAAAGUCACAGACAGGGACUUCGAGAACCGGGGAAAGAUCGUGCAGUGGCUCAUCACGUUGAACCAGAUGAAGGCGACGGAGGAGUUGAGCGAGGAGCAAGCCCGAGAGUUAGAGCUGGAUAUCAACUCGGCGUACCAAGGGUUUAAGAACACGCUCUCUUAG